AUGACUAGUCAUUGUUACGUAAAUAAAUUGUCCAUGGUAUUGUGGUGAUUUGGUGAACAGAGAUGAAAUUUCAUGAUGUAGGUUAUGUGAGGUUAUAAACGCAGUGUCCCAAUUAACGCGGAAACUUACUAGACUAUCAUAAUAAUAAUCUACCAGAUUAACGUAGCCAGUACCUCUGUAACGUUUGCUUUAGCAGAUGAUGCUAGGAAAUUGCAGUGAUGAAACUUAACCGUCGACGUGUCGUAAUACCAAAGCCAAAUCGAAUACUGUGGAACAUAAAAUUAAACAGAUAUCGAAUCGAGAACGUUUCAAUCGAAUAGUCGCAGAUUAAGUUCGGUAGGAACGCAACAGGAAAGUGGAGUGGAAUCGAUUCACACAACGAAUCGAGCAGAGGCGGCCGUUAUAGCGCCGCAACAAAUUGAAAUUGAUAUCAUCGCUGGGCAGCAGCCGGAUAUUACGGGUGUCAAGCGCAAUCACGCACUGGCAGGUGCCAAGUAAUACGGAUGUUAAAAAUGGUGACUAGUGACAAAUAUAAGGAUGGUGUUUUUUACGGCACUCAAGAUUUGAAAAUACCGUUGCAUAUGAACUUUGGCAAAUUUUUCUUGGAUGCUAUUAAACAAUUUAAAAACAAAAUCGCUUUGAUUAACGGACUGACAAAUGAAUCAAUUACCUAUAAAGAAUUGGUCCAAAAAGUGGUUAAUACCGCUUCUAGCCUUAUCAAUUUGGGGAUCAAAACAGGAGAUGUGGUAGCCAUAUGCAGUGAAAACAGAAUUGAAUAUAUCAUAACCUCUCUAGCUGUAUUUUGCUCUGGAGGGGUUAUUACAUUUUUUAACAGCUCAUAUAAUAUAAGUGAAAUGAAACAUGCUCUACAUAUUUCAAAGCCGAAGUUUAUGUUCCUGUCAUCUCAUACAUAUGAAAAAUAUUAUGAGGGUCUUCAAGCGGAAAACGUGAUACAAAAAUUCAUCAUAUUUGAUGAACAACCCGUUAUGCCACAACACCUUUAUUUCAAACAAUUAGCGGACAAUUACGUGGAUGUAGAUUCUUUUAAGCCAGUUCAUUUUGAAGGCGAAGUUCACACAUGCAUGAUACUAUACUCUUCGGGGACCACUGGCCUCGCAAAAGGAGCAAAACUAAGUCAUUUAAACUUUAUCGUUGUCAGCCAACGGCCUACAUUGCUAACUCGUGAUUUACUGAUGCUCCAAGUAGCUCCAUGGUCAAGUACUUUAGGAAUCGCAAAAGCAUUUGACGACACUAUACGUGGAAAAACAACUGUAUAUCUACCGAGAUACCAAGAGAGACAGUAUUUACAAACCAUUGAAAAAUACAAGAUAGGGGUAAUAAUAAUAGCUCCACCACUUCUAGUAAUGCUGUGUAAAUCAAAAAUUGCUGACGAGUAUAAUCUCAGUUCCUUGGAAAUCAUUAUAUCCGGAGGGGCUCCAAUUGAUUUAGAUACAAUACAUCAAGCCAAGAAGAGAUAUCCACAUCUAAAGCGCGUCUUACAAGGUUAUGGUAUGACAGAAGUGUCAGGCGCUCUCACUGAGGACUCAGAAGUGACUCCUAAAGAAGGUAGCGUGGGACCACUGGCUGAAGGAUGUAUUGUAAAGGUAGUUGACCCUAGCACAGGAAAAAUAUUAGGUUGCCGUGAGCCAGGUGAAAUCCAGGUGAAAGGACCAGUUCUAUUUCAAGGUUACAUAGGAAUAUCUACCGAGAGUAAUUUUACUCCAGAUGGAUUUUAUAAAACCGGUGACAUUGCAUACUAUGACGAAGAUGGAUACUUUUACAUAAUCGAUAGGAUCAAAGAACUGAUAAAGUAUAACGCGUGGCAGGUAGCACCAUCAGAAUUGGAAGCAUUGCUUUUAGAACAUCCCGGUGUGAUGGAUGUUGGAGUGACGGGUAAACCUGACUUGUCCGCUGGCGAACUUCCUACGGCGUUUGUGGUUAAGCAACCAAAUUCAAAAGUCACAGAGAAAGAACUCAUAGAACACGUAGAUUCAAAGGUUUCGCCGUGGAAAAAAUUACGUGGAGGUGUUAUUUUUAUCAACGAAAUUCCGAAAACUGCUAGUGGUAAAAUACUACGAAGAAAACUCAAAGAAAUAAUCGCUAAUGUGGGAAAGGAUAAAGCGCGUAGUAAAUUAUAAUAUUAAUCAUCAUUCAAAAAAAUUGAGUGCUUGUUUGGUUCAUAUUUAUAUCUACUGAGAUAAUUUGUGUUAAUGUGUACCUAAACAGUUACUUAUUAUUAUACUUAUUACAUUACCUAUACUUAUUAUUUGAAAAAUAAUUUACAAAUGAUAAGUUAUAAUACCUAUAUACUAAAUAUACAGUGUG